GAGCGUUCCUCCGCGGUGCCUGGCUUCCAGCUUCGGGCCGGAACCGGAAGUUUAGGGGGCGGGGCCGGCGGAGGCCAGGGGACCGAAAACGCGGCCGAGCCCGGAGCCCGGAGCCGGAGCCAGAGCCUGGACCAGAACUUGGCCGCCGCCUGUAUUGCCGCCGCCGCCCGCCUCUCCUUCCCCGAGCCGCCGCCGCCGCCUCGGCCGCCACCGCCGCGAGCUCAACCGCCAGUGGUCCGGGGGACUUUGGGUGUCCGGGCUGAAGGUCGGUCCGGACGUCGGACCCAGCUCGGUUCCCGGACUGUCCGGGCGGCAGCGGACGCCGCAGCCGCCGCCUCUUCGUCUCCUCAGCCUGGCGUUUUGUUCCGAGAGACCCGAGAGGCGAGCGGAGCUGACAGUGAUUUUGACAGUGAUUUAAACCCGCUUUUGUUGUUGUUGGCUUUUCGUUGUUUGGUUUUGUGUGUUGUGCUUGUGUGUGGCGGUUUUUCCCCCGUGGUGCAUUUUUUUUUUAAUUGUUGUGCUCGCUGUUCUUAUUUUUCAUUUUUUUUCCUCUUUUUUUGACCCCGUGAACGCUUUUUUGGUCGGGGCUUCCGAAUAUGUUUUAUGACGGUUGAUUUUACACCAGGAGGUUUGUUUCCGAGGAAGACCCAGGGAACUGGAUAUCUAGCGAGAACUUCCUACGGCUUCCCCGGCGCCUCGGGAAAAUGGGAGCUGCUGCAAAGUUGGCGUUUGCCGUCUUUCUUAUCUCUUGUUCUUCAGGUGCUAUACUUGGUAGAUCAGAAACUCAGGAGUGUAUUUUCUAUAAUGCUAAUUGGGAAAGAGAUAGGACCAAUCGAACUGGUGUUGAAUCCUGUUAUGGUGACAAAGAUAAACGGCGGCAUUGUUUUGCUACCUGGAAGAAUAUUUCUGGUUCCAUUGAAAUAGUGAAGCAAGGUUGUUGGCUGGAUGAUAUCAACUGCUAUGACAGGACUGAUUGUAUAGAAAAAAAGGAUAGCCCUGAAGUAUAUUUUUGUUGCUGUGAGGGCAAUAUGUGUAAUGAAAGGUUUUCUUAUUUUCCGGAGAUGGAAGUCACACAGCCUACUUCGAAUCCAGUUACACCAAAGCCACCCUAUUACAACAUCUUGCUCUAUUCUUUGGUGCCACUUAUGCUAAUUGCGGGGAUUGUCAUUUGUGCAUUUUGGGUGUACAGGCAUCAUAAGAUGGCUUAUCCUCCUGUGCUUGUUCCAACUCAAGACCCAGGACCACCCCCUCCUUCUCCAUUACUAGGUUUGAAGCCACUGCAGUUACUAGAAGUGAAAGCAAGGGGAAGAUUUGGUUGUGUGUGGAAAGCCCAGUUACUCAAUGAAUAUGUGGCUGUGAAAAUAUUUCCAAUACAGGACAAACAGUCAUGGCAGAAUGAAUAUGAAGUCUAUAGUUUGCCUGGAAUGAAGCAUGAGAACAUAUUACAGUUCAUUGGUGCAGAAAAACGAGGCACCAGUGUUGAUGUGGAUCUUUGGCUAAUCACAGCAUUUCAUGAAAAGGGUUCACUAUCAGACUUUCUUAAGGCUAAUGUGGUCUCUUGGAAUGAAUUGUGUCAUAUUGCAGAAACCAUGGCUAGAGGAUUGGCAUAUUUACAUGAGGAUAUACCUGGCCUAAAAGAUGGCCACAAACCCGCCAUAUCUCACAGGGACAUCAAAAGUAAAAAUGUGCUGUUGAAAAACAAUCUGACAGCUUGCAUUGCUGACUUUGGGUUGGCGUUAAAGUUUGAGGCUGGCAAGUCUGCAGGUGAUACCCAUGGACAGGUUGGUACCCGAAGGUAUAUGGCUCCAGAGGUAUUAGAGGGUGCUAUAAACUUCCAAAGGGAUGCAUUUUUGAGGAUAGAUAUGUACGCCAUGGGAUUAGUCCUGUGGGAACUGGCUUCUCGCUGUACUGCUGCAGAUGGACCUGUAGAUGAGUACAUGUUGCCAUUUGAGGAGGAAAUUGGCCAGCAUCCCUCUCUUGAAGACAUGCAGGAAGUUGUUGUGCAUAAAAAAAAGAGGCCUGUUCUAAGAGAUUAUUGGCAGAAACAUGCUGGAAUGGCAAUGCUCUGUGAAACGAUAGAAGAAUGUUGGGAUCACGACGCAGAAGCCAGGUUAUCAGCUGGAUGUGUAGGUGAAAGAAUUACUCAGAUGCAAAGACUAACAAAUAUCAUUACCACAGAGGACAUUGUAACAGUGGUCACGAUGGUGACAAAUGUUGACUUUCCUCCCAAAGAAUCUAGUCUAUGAUGGUUGCACCAUGUGUACACACUGAGAAACAGGACUGAACUGGAGCUGCUAACGAAACUGCUUACAGUUUAUUUUCUGUGUGAAAUGAGUAGGAUGUCUCCUGGACAUCUCAGAAAGAAGACCCUCGUUUCAAAAGGUGGCUCUGGGAGACUUAAUGGCAUUGCCUGUAGCAGAGACAUGAAGGACAUGAGACUAAGAGAAAAGUUGCAAACUCUAAAAAGAAACUUUUGAAGAAGUGUACAUGAAGAAUGUGGCCCUCUCCAAAUCAAGGAUCUUUUUGGACCUGGCUAAUCAAGUGUUUGAAAACUGACAUCAGAUUUCUUAAUGUCUGUCCGAAGACACUAAUUCCUAAAAUGAACUACUGCUAUUUUUUUUUAAAUCAAAAACUUUUCAUUUCAGAUUUUAAAAAGGGUAACUUGUUUUUAUUGCAUUUGCUGUUGUGUUUCUAUAAAUGACUAUUGUAAUGCCAAUAUGACACAGCUUGUGAAUGUUUAGUGUGCUGCUGUUCUGUGUACAUAAACAAAGUCAUCUAAGUGGGGUACAGUAAAGAGGCUUCCAAGCAUUACUUUAACCUCCCUCAACAAGGUAUACCUCAGUUCCACGGUUGCUAAAUUAUAAAAUUGAAAACACUAACAAAAUUUGAAUAAUAAAUUGACCCGUUUUGUAACAAGGUAUUACAAAUUCACUGUGUUAUUUAAGAAAAAAGGUAAGCUAUGCUUAGUGCCAACAGUAAGUGGCCAUUCGUAAAGCAGUGUUUUAGCUUUUCUUGUGCUAGCUUGUGAUUUAAGGAAAAAAAAGUGUUUUUUGAAAUGAAAAAAUGGUGUCUUUCCCCUCUUUCUCCCAUAUUUUAAAGCUUCAUCUUAUAUCCAGUUCCCAAAAUGUUGCAUACUUACCUACAUAUUUUUCUAGGUGUGCUGUGCUUGGGGACUAUUUGAAAAUUUAAAGCAUGAUUUAAAUUUUUUAAAGUGAGCUGUAACACUGGAAAGCUCUUCAUUUUUAUUCUUUUAAAAUAGAUUUUUUUUUCCUAUUUAUAUAUGUAAAAUUGUAGUGUAUUUCUUUUCACCAAACAGUGUGUGGGACAUUCUUUAUCACUGUUUUAGGAUCACCUCAGGAAGUGUCAUUACCCAGAAUUCCUCACUCUCUGCUUUGAGACUUGUAACUUUAUCACUAUAUUUCUGCUUGGUGCCAUCUUGUCAGAGUAAUAUUUGAUGUCUGUGAUAUGUCAAGAAUUAUCCUAGGAUAGAGAUUUAAAUUUUUAAGCACAGAUUUCAGAUGUUACUGCUUUAAAACAAAUCAGGGAUAACAAGUUAAACUUAUAACUUAAAAUAUGCAAUGACAUUUAGAGGUAACCAAUGUUGAUAUAGGUAACAUAGCUUAGCCUCCUCCCACAAAUUGCUUUUACAACUAACCCUGAUAUUAGUUUAGGAUAGUUCAUGCCUUAUCUUUGAUAAGAAAAUGGAAUUGACGGUAGGUAGGUGCCAAAGUGCUUUUCAAAACAAUAUUACAUUAGAAUAUAAUUGGAUUCUUUCUCAAAUUUAUAGGCCAAAGUAAAAUAUUAAUUUCCUGAAUUUCUGGAUUACUGAUGACCAACAAAUAGCCAGUAUUAUGCUAUGUACUUUUGUCAGGUCAUUUUAAAAUCCAUACAUUAAUUUUAUAAAAGAAUUUUUUACAUGUCACUAUCAGGAGCUCACUGUGAAUGUGUUAUCUUCAAAUGGCUAUUUAACCACACAGUACACUACAUUUUACAUAAAACAUGCACUUAAUCUCUGGGAAUAAUAAAUUAUAUUAUUUAUAAAUAAUACAUAGGUCAACAGACUCCUUUAAGCAGGGAGGGAAAGAAGAGUAACAGCAUUGUUGUUUGUGUGCCACACACCAUACAGAACUUUGUGCUCUUGGUCACGUAAUGUACCCAAGGCUUUGUUGUAUUUCUAAGAAUUCCCAUUUCAAUGUUGAGUUCACCUUUAUUUCAAAAAGUACUUGGCUUCUCAAUUUCUUGGUUUGGUUUUGCUUCUACUUGGAAACUAAUUAAGAAGGGAAAAUGAUGAGAAUGUUCAUACAUGAAAAUUGUUAAUCUCCUGAAGACUAAUUUCUACCUGUUGUGAACAAUCCUGUUUUUAAAAGUAAAAAAAAAAAAAAAAAAAAAAAUCAAAAGAAAAGGGAAUAUUAUGAUGAAUGUUUGGCUUAUGUGAAUCUUAGAGAUAAACUUUAUAAGACCACUUAUUCACAAAAUAAAGUUUUCUCUUCAUGUUAGAAAAAAUUUUUAGAAAUCCUGGGUAUUGUACUUAACUCUAGCUAACCAGUUUUAAAACCUGUAUCCUUUUGAGAA